AUGGAUGCUCUGAGGAUCUUGUCGCGGUCCACCAGUCUGAAGACCCAGAAACCGAAAGAGGCCUCACAACAUCUUCCCUCGGAAGGACAAGCCUUUUCACAAGAAUCCUCUAAGGGCAUAAAGCGCAAAUUUGAGGACGACGAUGAGCAGGAGUUGAACAACGAACAAAUACGUGCACUCCACAAGCAGCACAAGAUCAGAGUUAUCAAUCUUCGUAAGCUCCACAAACACAGGACGACUAAGACGCAUAAGCAGCAGAAAGAAAGUGCUCGCGUGUUCCCUCAACCACUUCUGAGAUUUGCGCAGCUCCGGCCUAGACAUCAUGUCAGCAGAGCCAUACAGGAGAACAUCGCGGCUCAGGGUUACUACGAGCCAACGGAAAUCCAAAUUGCGGCUUUACCUUUGCUCCUGGAAGAUGUUGAUUCCGGUCCAGACAUCCUCAGCGUUGCGCCAACUGGAAGCGGCAAAACCUUGGCUUUCCUGACACCAGCAAUCGAAAAGGCCAGAAAAUAUCACAAAUCACAGGAGGGCUCGGACAGACAUACUCGUGCUCUCGUGCUCGCCCCCACCAAGGAGCUCGUUGGACAAAUCGUGAACGAGGGCAGGAAGUUGUGUACCCAGACAGGCGUCACCAUCACAGCCAUGAGAAAGGGACUGAAGCUUACUGACUCGGGACAAGAAGCUUCUGGGUCGGAAUUGAUGUCCGAAUCAGACACUGAUGACCGGCGAGCGACACGGCCCACGCCAAUCGUCAAGAGCGAUAUCGUUGUAUCGACGCCAUUGAGUCUUGUCCAUGCCCUAGGCUCAUCAACCCUCCCGCAUAUCACUAAUCUUAUCCUUGACGAAGCCGACGUCCUGCUCGAUCCUCUCUUUCGUGAGCAGACGCUAUUAGUAUGGUUGGCAUGUAAUUCCGUCAAACUUCAAGUCUCGCUCUGGUCCGCCACCAUUGGCUCCAAUAUCGAAGAACUCGCCAUCUCCACUAUUGCCGCCAGACGGAAAUCCCUUGGCUCCAAGCUAAGACCACCUCUGUAUCGUAUAAUUAUCGGUCUGAAAGACUCCUCACUUCCCAGUAUCACUCACAAGCUGGUCUAUGCCGCUACUGAGCCUGGAAAGCUGCUCGGACUACGCCAACUACUGCAUCCAGCCAGAUCGCAAUCCCAGACCUCAAAAUCAACAGCCUCUCAGCCGCCGCAAUUACGCCCUCCCUUUAUUGUCUUUACGCAGACCAUUGACCGCGCGAGCGCCCUGCAUGACGAGUUACAAUAUGAUAUCGCCGCUGCGGCAGGCGGGUCCAGCCGCAUCGCAGUCUUGCACUCCUCCCUUUCCAGCACAGCCCGGUCGACUAUCAUGACAAAGUUUCGCAAGGGCGAGAUAUGGAUCCUUAUCACCACUGACUUACUGUCUCGAGGAGUGGACUUCCGAGGUGUCAAUGGAGUGGUCAACUACGAUAUUCCCACCACUAGUGCAGCAUACGUCCAUCGAGCCGGACGUACCGGUCGAGCUGGACGGGCCGGAGGAGUGUGUGUGACAUUCUAUACGAAAGAGGACAUCAAGUAUCUGAAAGCGAUCGCGAGUGUCAUUAACUCGAGCCAAUCCAAUCAGUCUAACGCCGACGGCACGGAAGGAGGGGGACCGACGGUUGAGGGGAUCGAUCCCUGGCUUUUGGCUUCGCUACCAGAUCUAAGUAAGAGAAACAGAAAAGAGCUGAAAGUACGGGGUGUCGAGACGAGACGAGCCAUCAAGGAGAGCGACAAUGCGGAGGAGCGCAAGAAGAAGCGGAAAGCGAGGAUAGGAACCAAGAGCGGGUAUGAGAAGAAGAUCGAGAACAGGCGAAAAGGCGCUGUGCAGGGUAGCAAGCAGCGGAAGGGCGAUCGCAAUGCGCAGGAGGAAGAUGGCUUUCAAGGAUUCGACUAA